GUCCGCCUCGUCGUCUACAUGGAGGGCGCGCGCCCCCCAAACCUCCCGGCGCUCGUGUCGGCGGCGGACGCACGACGCGUGCGCUUCGAGGCCUUCUCUGCGGUGGAGGCGUUGGGCGCCGCGAACCCCGACCUGAGGGGCGAAAAGCCGCGACCGGAAGACACGGCGGUUUUGAUGUACACUUCCGGUUCGACGGGAAUUCCGAAAGCCGUGCAGAUCACGCACGCGAACCUCUUGCACGCCAUCCGCGCCUUCUUCACGAUCGCGCACGCGCUCUCCCCCGCAGACGUCUACCUGGGAUACCUGCCUCUCGCGCACGUUCUCGAACUCGCGGCCGAACUCUUCUUCUUCUCUCUCGGAAUGACAGUUGGCUUCGGAACGCCUCUCACGCUCACCGAUAAGUCGACAGGCGUCAAAAAGGGCGUCAAAGGCGACGCCACUCUCCUCCGGCCGACCGUUAUGACCGCCGUUCCCCUCAUUCUCGACCGCAUCCGCAAAGGCAUCCGCGAACAGGUGGACGCCAGCGGCCACUUCUCGCGCGCAUUCUUCGACUUCGCCAUCGAAUACAAGAAGUUCUGGACCAAUAAGGGAUUCCAAACCCCAAUCGUCGAUCGCGUCGUUUGUCGCAAAAUAAGCGCUUUGUUGGGCGGAAGGGUCCGCCUCCUGGCCGUGGGGUCGGCUCCGCUCGCGCCCGAAACGCACGAAUUCAUCCGCACGUGUCUCAACGUGCGCCUCCUCCAAGGCUACGGACUGACGGAAACGACGGCUUCGGCCACUCUUAUGGAUCUCGAGGACUUGAGUGUGGGUCGCGUGGGACCCCCGCUGGAGGGCGUGCGUCUCAAACUCGUCGACUGGCCGGAAGGCAACUAUCGCGUGCAGGACAAGCCGCACCCCCGCGGCGAGAUCGUGCUGGGAGGCGCCUCCAUCACGAACGGCUACUACAAGAACGCGGAGUUGACGCGCGAGUCGUACCGCGAAGAGGAGGGCGUCCACUGGUUCCACACGGGAGACAUCGGCGAAAUCCUGAGCGACGGAAGCGUUCGCAUCAUUGACCGCAAGAAGGAUUUGGUGAAACUCCAGUUCGGAGAAUACAUUUCGCUCGGAAAGAUCGAGGCCGAACUCAAGUCGUGUCCGUUCGUCGACAACAUCUGUUGCUAUGGAAACUCAUUUCAGACGUAUUUAAUUGCACUCAUCGUUCCCAACGAGAAGCAAAUGCAGGCUUUGGCGCAAAGACUCGCAAAACCCGCGCGCCUCUCCUUCAAGGACUGGUGUCGCGACCCGCAGAUGGCCGCCGAGGUGUUCGCCGCCGUCCAGCAGUUCGGCCGAAAGUCUGGUCUCAUGAAAGCGGAAAUUCCGUCGAAGAUCCUGUUGUGCGCUGAGGAGUGGCUGCCGGACUCGGGUCUCGUGACGGCGGCUCUCAAACUGCGGCGAAUAAAAAUCCAAGAGUUCUAUCAGAUGGACAUCGACCGCCUCUACGGUCUCGCGGACUCGAAGUCCACUUAAUUUUAUUGUAAAUUCUUGUAAUUAAAGGUUUUAUUUAAAAAUA